AUGGAGGGAGUCAGUCGGGAAGAGCACGCAGCUGAGCAAGAGGCUGAGAGAGGAUCAAUGGGAGGCGAAGAGAACCCGCAGACGUUAACGACAGAUGAAUCGACGCACGGCGUAACUCUCAUUGUCCUUCGGGACAAAACAAGGCCGAAGAAUGAUGACUUCUAUUCAAAUCUAUCUAUAUAUCAUCUAUCUAUCUCUCUCUCUCUAUCUAUCUAUCUAUCUGUCUAUCUCAUUCUGCCCAUUAUCAAUAUUAGAACAAAAAUCUAUUGUAAUCUGUUCGUAUCUAUCUAUCUAUCUAUCUAUCGUAAUAUAUUCAUAUCUAUCUAUCUAUCGAUCGAUCGUAAUCUAUUCAUAUCUAUCUGUCUAUCUAUCGCAAUCUGUCCAUAUCUAUCUAUCUAUCUAUCUAUCGUAAUCUAUUUAUAUCUAUCUAUAUAUCUGUCUAUCUAUCGUAAUCUAUUCAUAUCUAUCUACCACUACUAUACAUUCCUCUUUCUUUUCUUUCUUUUUUUUUUUUUCUUAGUCUUUUCAAUUGUUUCUGCUUAUUUCUUUUCUUCUGUAACUUUUAUUUCUUUAUUCCCGGCUUCAUUUUUUCCUCUUCUUUCAUUUCCUCGGGUUUUCUUCUUUUCUUAUUCCCUAUAUAAAGGGUUAUUUCUAUUUUGCAACUGUUUUCUUUCUUUAUUUCUAACAGACUUCCUAUUAACUCUAUUCGCUGAUCGGUCAAGUUCUUCCAAUUCAUCAUCCAUCCAAUUUCUCCUAGACCGCCGAAAUUCCCAGCCAUGA